UAUCACAGGUAAACACGAAACAUGUGGUCAGGUUUUACCUGGAGAACAAUGCCUCUUCCGUACGAAAACGGGAGUAAGGUUACCUGGAAACUCGUCUUCAUGUAUAAAAAGGAAGGUAGACUUCACUUACAUCACUUUAAGGAGAAGAUAUUGACUUCAUAGGUAUAUGUAAAUUGACUUAUUCACAAUGAUGUUGAUAUGCAUUCUGAUAAUUACAGCUCUCAGUGUAUGCGGAUCAUUAGCAGUUUCGCCACCUUUCCCACCUUUUCCGUUCAAAUAUAAUCCAGGAUCGAGUGAUUCACGAUGUCCUCAAAUGGGCCGUUUCGGAAUAUGUGCAUUCACAUGCAGCAGUGGAAGCUGUGGUCCAGGCCGAGUCUGCUGUCCAACCGCAUGCGGAGGAACAACUUGCAAAACGCCUCGUUCCCCUCCGGCCCCGCCUCCUAUAUCAUCUCCCUGCCCUGAAGGUGUCCCUAUGCCGUCAUGUACCUUUGUUCCUUGUGAGAGAGAGACAUGUCCCAACCAUCCACAGGCGACAUGCGUGGACAACUAUUGUGGUGGCUGCAACGCAAAGUUUUUCCUUGGCCAUCGUGAAGUUACUCAAACAUGCAAGAAACUGUCACCUGUUCCUACUGGUUGUAAAAACGGAGAACCUAUGGUGAAAUGCUUAGUAAACCCCUGUACCGUGAAAACCUGUCAUCGACAUCCACAUGCUACAUGUGUGGCCGACUAUUGUGGCGGCUGCAACGCAAAGUUUUUCCUAAACGGACAUGAAGUUACUCAGACAUGCAAGAAUAUAACACCUUCACCUACGACUUGUAAAAAUGGAGAACCUCUAGUUAACUGUCUUGUUAACCCAUGUUCUGCACAAGGCUGUCCUCGCUAUCCAAAUGCUAAAUGUGUAGCUGACUAUUGUGGAGGCUGCAACGCAAGAUUUUUCGUGAAAAGCAAGGAAGUCACCAACUUUUGUAGGGGAUUUCCGCUAUCGUACCUUUUCAAGUAGACAUAUAGACGGAGCGGAUGUGAGGGUGGAAUUAAAUUGGAUUUGUAAAUACAUAGUACCUGUAUCAGACAACUUCUUAAUCUCUUAUUUCCCUGGGCUAACAGAUUAUUUUGACUGCAGGAUAAAAACAUGUUUAUAAUUAUUAUUUGAGGUGAAAUACGUUAUUUCCUUAUUCUAUAACAUUUUAAAAUAACGGUUGGCUGUUAAUGACAUCAAACUGUUAUCAAUACAAAUUUGACAUCUCUAUAUUGACCUUCAUGUAUGUAUGUACAUAUUUAUAGAAAUACAUAUAUCAUUAUUUGCUUCACUUUCUUCUAAACUAUUAACCUAAAUUUCAAUUCAAAUAGAAAAAAAAAGAUGAAUUAUAGGUUUGUGUAUGGUACAAUUUGUUGAAAUGAAAUAAAGACACAAAAACAUCAUUGCGUGUAACUUAAUAACAAUG